AUGAUUAUUUCCACAAUUUUGAUUGCUCUCUUUGCAUCGGUGGCUGUCUGUUCAGAUGUCAUUGAGCUCACCGAUAGCACUUUUGCAUCUGGUGUGAAAGACAAGGAAAUUAUGCUUAUAGAAUUCUUCGCCCCGUGGUAAGAAUUUGUACAGUUGUUGAUCAUUAUUCAGCUGAUACGCACAGCUUGUGAACAUUUCAAUUUUCCUCUCACAAAUAGGUGUGGACACUGCAAAAAACUUGCUCCCGAGUACGAGACUGCGGCCUCAAAGCUUAUUAAGGAAGACCCACCAAUACCACUUGCUAAGGUACGUCUUCAUGGUGAAUUAAUUUCCAUCUUUCCAUGCAUUACUUCCUUUCCUUCUCUCUUUGUAUCCAAAUCAACCUCACUCAUUGAUUUUAUUGAAUAAAUUUUAUACUUGCGGGUAAUAUAAUUACUGUUUGUUUUGUUUGUACAUGGUUGGUUUGUUCCAUGCUAGUGAAUAUCGUUUUAAUCACCAGAACACCUAGAGAUCAAGACCAAAACAGCUGAGAAUUGUUGAUGUCGUUGAGUGUGGAAAGACAGGAAAGAUAAUUAUGACCUUGAAAUACCAUUUUCCACCCGCAAAAAAAAAAAAAAAAAAAAAAAAAAAAAAAGAACAGGAGUUGUAAAUUCUGAAGUGUAAUUGCAUUGCAAAUUCGGCUAAGUAAAUAUAAUCGCAUGGCAAUAAAGAUGAACCUGGAUCGAUUAUUCAUCCAAAUUCUUUGAGAAUGGUUAGAAUAUCAUGAUUCUUAAGCAAUUCUCAUUCGAUUGUCAGAAGAGCUGCGUUUUCUAUUAAGAAUUUAAGCUUAGCAAUGUAACUAAAUUGUGCAGGUUGAUGACAGGAAAAUAUUUGACAAUCAUCAACCAAUCAAAUUGCAUCAGCAUUGACCAACCAGAGUGCAUCAUGAUGGUCGACUAGAGAUUCAUGAUAAUAAAAUCAUAGAGCAACUGUCAUGAUACUACUUUCCCUCCCAGUCAUUCUUGGAAUUGUCUGGCAACACACUUCUCUAGUUGUGGGAGAGUGCAUGUUAGUGUCAUGUGACCUAUAAAUUACCAAAGGCCACUUGUGGCAAUGUUCAACAGUAACUAUUCUUCUCAAGUAGUCAAGGAGCGAAAAAAAAAAAAAAAUGUCUGCAUAACAAGAGUUCAAAUUUUUUGACAGUGUUUUUCAGAUGAAUGCUGCAAUUUUUCUCAGAAUAUUAUUACAACUUUCUUUUUAAUUUACACCUGUUUUAGGUUGACUGCACUGAGGCAGGGAAAGAGUCUUGUGGUAAAUAUGGUGUUAGUGGUUAUCCAACACUCAAGAUUUUUCGUAAUGGAGAAUUGUCAAAGGAUUAUGAUGGCCCUCGUAAUGCUGGUGAGAUUUGGUGACCAUAAAAAUGAAUUAUUGAUAUGAUUUAUUUUUGACUUUGGAAGUAGUAAUAAUUUUUUAACAAAUAUAUUUUAAAUGAGUGAUUUAUAAGCAACUAUUUGGCCCUCCUAAGUAAAGAGUACUAGAAAUACCAGCAGAAAAGCUUCACCACCAGUUUGGCAACUCACAUUUUGGAAAAAAAGCUUUUGAAAAGGAAUAAAAAGAAAUCACCAGUGGAGUCCUGAGAAAGUUGUUUAAAUUGGUUGCUUCAUGAAAAGUAAACCCAUGUGAAGUCAGUAACACUUAAAAACUGAUAAUGCUUUGAGUUCUUAUCCAUAAUUUUAGCUGCAAUAGUUGACAAAUCACAAAUAGCAAAUUGUGCUUGAUUUUAAAAUUAUGUUGAAUUGUUAUUAGUUAUUAACCAAGAGCACAUGGUGUUGGUUAAAAGACGCCUUUCGGACUAAAACGAUUUAGAAUUUAUUGAUAAGGGAUUCCUGUUUCUUAAAAAUCUGACUACCACCUGAUUGCUAUAAGAAGAUGUCUAAUUUUUCCCACAACAUUGCAACUCAAUCAACAUUUUGUAAGAACGCGAGUCAUUUCCUCAAUUUGUUUUUGUCAAGUUAUUACCCCAAAUUGCAGUCAUGUUUACAAAGGCUCAAUUUCUUUUUUGCAGCGGGUAUCAUUCAAUACAUGAAGAAACAGUCUGCACCCUCCUCCCAAGGUUAGUAUUUAACCCUCGGUCGCUAAGAGUGACUAGCAUCGAAUUUCUCCUUACAAGGAAGGACGUGAUCACCAACUGAAAAAAGCUUUUGAUUGUUAAACAAAUUCUCCUCACCAGUAUCUUAAGAAAUGUAUAGAGAAGAGUAUGGGGAAUAUGCAUACUGAUGUUAGGGUGUAAGGGUUGAAACAGAAUGCAAAGAGAUGUUGCCUCUCCUCACAAUAUCAGUAUAUUAGGGUCGAAUAUAAAUUGUCACAAAUGUAACGAAAUACUAGACUGAUUGUAACGGAAUAGGAAGAUUUCGUGUAUAUUUCUAACGUUGUAAACAAAGUUCAACACUGAAACAAAUAAGAAUGUGUAAUUGUGAAAUUGGGAAAUGUUUUUGGGAUUCUUUACUGAACUCAUUGUAUAUUUAGACUUAAAACAGUAGCACUAAUGAGAAGAUUUUUUAGAAAAAGUAUGUUCAGAUUGUCAGGAGGAUGGAAGAAAAUUUUUUUGUUGAAAAAAUUAAUUAAUUUUUUUUUGUUGAUCCAAUAACAAAUUCUUCAAACUAACAUCGUAAGAAUUGUAUGUCAGAUUGUAAAGAGAAUUGAUGAGAUAUUGGAAGUGAAAAGGUUAAGGUGCUAGAUGCCAUUCUUUGAUUUUCUCACAAAAUGUUUUUUGGAUUUUUUUUUCUUUUUCCUUGAAAUGUAGAUACUAUUAGCUUAUGCUUUUUGCAGAAAUCAAUGAUCUGGAAAAGAUGAAGAAGAAACUUGAUACGAUGGAAUCUGCUCUUGUUGUUGGUAAGUGCUAAAUGAUAGCUUGCUUAAAGUUAAACUAUCCACUAUUGUCAAGCUACCAAAACUGGCCAAUUUUUGCAUUUUAUGAUAUGCUAAAAAUGAAAGUUUGCCCAAACAGUCAAAUUUGAUGUUUUACAGGUAUCUAAUUUAAAACACUACCAGCAAAAAUUAAGUGUGCUUAAGGGCUAACUUUGAAGUGUGCCUUCCUCUGUUUAACAUGUAAACUUGUCUGUACUGCUGCAUUUUGCUAUUCAAAUAAUCUCUAAAAGCUUCAAGAUAAAAAAGAGUUUGCUAAUUCAUUAGAUUUUCCAGAAAUGUGGUACCAUCUUUAGCUGUUGACAUUCACUUUGGAAUUUUCAAUAGAUGGUACAGCAUUCUAAAACCUCUGUUUGCCAGUAGGAACACAUAUGCUGGGCUAUCUUAACUUGAUGCUGUUAACAGUAAUUGGUUUGUCCUGAUAAACUUGAUUUUUUUUAACUUGUAAAAUAAUCCACAAAAGUUAGGGGUUCACUUUACAUAUAUAUCAAUAAUGGUAGCACCAAACAUUGUCAUGUAACUCGCUUUUAUAUCCAAUUAUGUAGGUUUCUUUGAGAAGGAUGAUGAACUAAAAACUGAAUUCAUGAAGACAGCUAAUGAAAUGAGGGAUGAUUACUAUUUUGCACACACAUCAAGUGAAGAGAUUUUUGCAGAUUUGGGCCAUAAAGAGUAAGUUUGGCAUUUUAGUUCUGAUUAACUCUUACUUGGUCAUGAGAUCACUGAAGCCUGGGGCAUUUAUUUCUCUGUCUGCAAUUAUCUAUAACUGUAGAAGGACUGUUCUUGAAUCAUGGACUGUUGGCAGAGGGGGGUAGUUUGGGAGAACCCUGGUCUGAAGUGUUUAGAAAUCCUAUGAAUGAUAUAUAGACAAAGCUCACAGUUUUCAUCAAGCUUAGCUCUUGGAAAACUGCUGCUUCUUGAAACAGGUAAUGUCCCCUGACAAAUUGUUAUGUAUAUUUUUGCCCAGUUGGAGGUUACUAUGUUUACUCCCAUCAAAUGUUUUCUGCAACACAUGGUACAAAAUGUUUACCAACAGCUUGCUGUUUACUGUGUGGGAUGUUCACUUUUAGGUGUUCUCUGGUAUGAAUGUAUGAAACAGAAAAAUAUUUCUCUUCUUCCCUAAAUAUAUCAAAAUGCUCUCUCAUCUUGAAUUCAAUGUAAAUUAAGACUUUCAUUAAAUUGAAUACAAGGUUUGAAAAUUGGGGAAUAUUCCAUGGGGUAAAUCAUUGGACACUCCUCAGUUUUAGCUGGGGUGUAUUUGAUCAUGUGACACCCACAGAACAAUCAUGCACAAGCAAAAAUAUGUCAUGGGUUAUUGCAUAUGGUAUAUAGUAUAAGGCCCCUUCCUUAUAAAAGAAUUGGGGAAAAAUGAAGAAAGAAAAAAAGAAAGAGAAAGAGAAAGAAAUCCAUGAAAGAAACACAUCAAAGCUUACCAAGAGACAUUGAGAAGUUUUGAUCAAAAUGCUUUCCUUAAUUUGUCAAUCAAUUUGAACUUUUGAAGAUUAGUUCUUUCAAAUUCUAGCUUGUGUUCAAAUGCCCCACCCAAAUGCCACAUGAGAUCAUCAUUUUUUGUAAAAGGGAAGUUAAGCCACCAUGACUUUCUUGUUGGCCUUUUCUUCUGCUUGUGAAAGUGAACUUUUUACCUUUAAACACCUCCAUAUUAAAAGAUGAGAGACAUUUAUUCCACCAGAAAGACUUGACAGUUCUGGUUCUAAUUCCCCACCUCACCCAAGCAGGGUUUAAAUUACCCACCUAUAGGCAGGGACAACAGUCAAACACCCAUGGGUUGCUCAUGGGAGGAGGAGGGGUAUGUUGAAUCUUCAAAUUGAUUGGCCCUUAACAUUGCCAUUGGCAAUACCUCAUUAAUUCUGGAAUAUUGGACCUUUUAUUAGGAUUACAUUUCUUUCUUUACUGAAUUCAUGCCUUUUUUUUUUCCUUCAGUCAAGUGGUUAUUUUCCGUCCCAGCCAUCUUCAUUCAAAGCUUGAACUGAACAAAGAAGUCUUUACUGGAAUGGCAGACCCUUUUUAUAUCAAGAAGUUUCUCAAAGCUUCAGUUCAUGGACUUGUUGGCCACUUGACUCAGGAUAACGAAGAUCAAUUUAAGAAACCUCUUUGUACCGUUUAUUUCAAUGUUGAUUUUGAACGUAAUGCAAAAGGUACAGUUCACUCUAACUUGUCUAAAAUGCAACCAUCUGUGCUGAGUCAAUUGGGAAAAGUUAGAUAGUUGUAGGAUGAGAUGAUAAGAUUUUUACUGAGCAAACAUCUCUUUAAUGAGUUUCUUUAAAAGAGGGUAGGAAAGGGGGAUCCUGAUCCUGAUCCUGUUUCAUGCACAAACUUUAGAAAUGUUCAAGCAUCACAUUUACUUUAAUCUGUAUUUCACAUGGUCUCCUUUGCAGUCAUUCUGUGGAAUGUCAUGCAACACUCUCCCCUUAAGUUUCUCUUUGGGGGAGCAUUGCAUGACAUCCCAAACAAUGGCUGCAAAAGAGACCAUAUUUCACCUGUUACCAAUUAAAAGGGAAAUCUAUAACUCUCAUCUUACCUUGCCUUUCUGUAAAAUUCAUGCAUCAUGCAAUAAUUUUGUGCUUAUUAACGCAUCAUGUAUAAACCCUUUAGUACCCUCCUUAAACCUUGCACUAAAGUUUGGGAGCUGCAAGUGUUUUUUAGUCUUAAUUCUUAAGUUGAAUUGCACCGCAUUCACCCCUUAUCAAGUUCACCCCUUCGAGUUCGCCCCUACCUUAUGCCAUGUUCGCCCCCACACUUUUCGAGUUCGACCCCAUCAAGUCGAGUUCGCCCCUUGAUUGAGUGAUAUCCAGAUGAGUUGAUUUGUGACGAAGGCACUAGCAGAAUGUGCUAAAUGUCACAUCAGUGACAACCAUUUUGAAUUUCGGCAAUUGUGUGGAACCUGCUUGGGAAGUGGGUUGACGGAAUCAACUAAAUACUCUGCAUGGGAUCUGGGGUUACCAGAAAUAACUGUAUACACUGAACUUGUGAUAAAGAGAACCACACAGUUUAUCUAACAAACACAAAAUGUGUUGAUUGUAACAACCAGACUUGAGAAGAUGCAAACCACGCUUUCAUUGUGACAGCAUUGCUUAAGUUGUUAGACUUGUACCUGUUUAGCUUUAUUUACUGAAGAAUUUACUCAUCAACUUACGAAUCAACUCAUCUGGAUAUCGCUCAAUCAAGGGGCAAACUCGACUUGAUGGGAUCGAACUCGAAAAGUGUGGGGGCGAACACGGUAUACGGUAGGGGUGAACUCGAAGGGGUGAACUCUAUAGGGAGCGAAAGCGGCGGAUACCCUUAAGUUCCCCCUCUUGAUCACAAUGGUUUCCAAGACCUGGCAUAAGAUGUCCCAACAUCUUUCCAACAAUGCAGAUAUUGAAGUGGCUUUUGAUGGCCUGAUAUAGGCUCUCAGUUAGAGAAGCUAGGCAAAAAAGUGGCGGUGCAAAAGUUGUACAAUUUUAUAUUCUAUUAGAAUAACCAAUUUCUUGCUCCAGAAUGCAGAAAAUGCAGACACAAAUUUUUAAUUUUCUUGUGGGAACAUGUGUCUGUCUCCUAUCUCAGCUCUUUUACCCACUUUGUUUUGUAUUGGAGAAACCAGUUGUUAUUUGCCAAUGCGUGAUGAAUGUAAACAAGUGGUUGAGAUUUACCAGUAAAUAAUAACAUCAGAUUGACUUUUAAGGUAAAAUUGAUGCUUGAGGGUAUCCAUGAUGCAUUAGAUUUGCUACAUACAUAUUUACAUUCAACUUGCAAUCUUGCCAUCACUAGGUACGCGAUAUUGGCGUAAUCGAAUUCUGAAAGUUGCUACUGAGUUCAAGAACAAAGUGAUGACCUUUGCUUUUGCAUCCAAGAAAGACUUCUCUAGAAAACUUGAUACAUUUGGUCUAUCCUCUGAUAAUGAUGAGGUUGUAGUAGCUAUAGUAAGUGAUGAUGGAAUGAAAUAUCCCAUGAAAGAAAAAUUCAGGUAUGUGUAUUUUUGUGCUGUGUUGUCCUCUGCUAUGUUCCUCAUUAAAGUACCUUGCUCUCCUGCUCUACACUCUACUCCACACUUCUGUGUUAUGUGCUAUGUAGUGCUGUUAGCUGUGCUUGUUUUGUGCUGUGCUGUGCUGUGUCCUGCUUUGACUUCAUUCUCUAAAGAGACAUCAGUCAAUAACAAGUAACAUUAGUCCCAGGGCUCCCUUAUUAGCUUUGUCCUUGACCAUUAUUUGAAACGGCAAUAUACAAACCAUAGCUUCUCACAAUGGUUGAAAUGGAUAUAAUAUUAAGAUCCUGAAAAUUUGUUGAUGAACACAUGCUUUUAAUUCUUUCAAAUGAUUUUCAUAACCUUGCCUUCCCUCCUCCUCAUCCUCUGCAUGCCACGUGCCAAUCAUAGCUAUGGCACCUCCUCUUCUGGCCUGAUAUAAUGCUUUGCUGUUUACUUUUUAGUGUGGACACCUUCAGAGAUUUCCUCAAAAACUACUUCGAGGGAAGCGUUGAGCCUUUUAUCAAAUCUGAAGAAGUACCAGAGACUAAUGAUGGCCCUGUGACGGUAGGGUGUGGUUACUGUUGAUAUCAAUUCCCUUGUCAGAUAAUUAACAACCAUUCACCGAAGUGGAAAUGACUAGUGUUGGUAGAUAUCCACUGCUAUUCCUCGACACCGAGGUGUAUAUUUUUUUUAUUAGAUAACACCAAAACAGUGAGAUAAUAUAGCAUAAAAAGAGGAUUUUAACUCAUUUAUUCCUGCUACGAUUACAAUAUUUUCGGGCGCAAACCGUGCGAGUUUGAGUAGCCAAUCAGAGCUUGCUUUCACCGCUAUGCGCUUUUUUUUUACUGAUGCGCUAAUUACCACUGCUAGAAAUGUUCCUUAUAUUUCUCUAACUUCAAAAACAUAGGGUCUCUCUUUAUCAAAGUUAUUAAAAGUAAUGACCCCAUUCAUAGUUCAUUAAAAUGCACCAAAGUCGACAGUCGCUAAAUUUAUCGUCCCAUGAUUGACCAAGACAGAAUCUCUCCUAACAACACAGCAGACUAGCGGUUAGAUAAAUAUCAGUUAGGUGUGAUUAUUAGUUGAUCCAAUACCAAAUUCUCCAAACUAAAAUCACAAGAAUUGUAUGGCAGACAGUAAGGAGAAAGAAAGGGUUACUGAAAUGCCUGCAAAAUCGUUAAAUUAUGUCUUUUGAUUCGUCGUCAAACCUUCAUGUAAUAAAGCAUAUAUGUUUGUUUAUGUUGUUAUAAGUGUUUAUGUUACUUAUUAGUUAAUUGAUUUUUCCUGCAGGUUGUUGUUGGCAAGACUUUCAAUGAGAUUGUGAACGAUGAAACAAAAGAUGUGUUGAUCGAGUUCUAUGCUCCAUGGUGCGGUCAUUGCAAGAGUUUGGAACCAGUCUACAAAGAACUAGGAGAGAAGGUCGGCUACAUGGCAUGGAAUUUUCAAUUUCAAUUUUUCUUUUUGUUAGGAAAGUAAAAUGUUAAAAAUAAGACGUUAAAUUUCUUUUGUAGCUGGCUGACGUGAAAGACAUAGUUAUAGCCAAGAUGGAUGCCACGGCAAAUGAUGCUCCUUCACCGUACGAAGUUAGCGGGUAAGUCGAACGCGGAGACAACAUGCCAUUUUACCGAUUUGACACUUAAUAGUGUCUACGUUCUUGUCUCUUUUUUGCUUUGGUCUCUUGCAUCCUUUUUGAUCCGUUGGUUUGUCUUUACGUUUCUUUUGUCAGUCGCUCGUUCGUUAGUUCGUUCCUUCGUUACGGAAGUGACUCGUGCGUUCGUAUGCCUGUUUGCUUGUUAGCUCAUUCGCUUGUUCGCUCGCCUCUCGUUUGCUCACUCAGUGACUCGCACGCUUCUCGUUUGCUCAUUCGGUGGCUCGCAUUUUGUUCGUUCUUUCGUUCGUUCGCUCGUUCGUUUUCUCGGUACGAGGGUUAUUCUGUUGCCUCUGUCGGUAAAUUCCGAUCUAUAACAUUGGCUUUCAUCAAACAUGACACCGCGUUACAUAAACGGAAAAAAAGGGGAAAAUUGAAAUAGUUAAGCUAAAUUGACCGUGUUACACGUUGCAACGCUUGUUGGAUUUAGUGUCCCCGGCAGUGUACACACGUUUUGGUCCAUAGGAGAGAUGUUGAUUCUUUCAUUGAUUAACUAAAACGAGAAGCCACUAAACCAUAGGUCCAUUGGAGAACUGAGGAGGGGGGGGUAUUUCUUAGCAAGUUUUGGACAAGUGUGCCCUCCCCCUCCCGAAGCCCUCAGCAGUCCAUCGUAAUUUCUGUUAUAAAGGCUGUUGUUAUGGUGGAGAGCUACUUUAUGCCAAAAUGUAUCAUCAAAGUUGGUAUAACGUAAUAGACUUGCCUCACUUUGCACAAGUUCAAAACAUUUCAGCAACGUUAAAUGUUUCCUUUCGCCUUUUCUUUGCAGUUUUCCAACAAUCUAUUUUUCACCAAUGUACGGUAAGAAAACGCCCAAAAAAUACAACGGUGGCCGAGAUGUUGAUUCUUUCAUUGAUUAUCUAAAACGAGAAGCCACGAAACCAUUUAAAGUUCCCGAGAAGAAAAAGAAGAAGAAGAAGGACAAGAAACAGAAAGAUGAACUUUGAACUGUGGUUCCUUCGAACAUUUUGUAAAACUAGAUUUAACAAAUUUAGGCCUAAACUGACUUUGGAACCCUUUUUUUAAUCGAAGGCGUGGGGUCUGGUACCUGAUUCCCCCAGUCCUACUCCUUCUUCUACGUCUCUGUAACAGUGUCUUGUGGGGUAAAGUGUUUGAACGUUGAAAUCUCAUUUACUAAUAUUGCUGAUGUGUGAACUAUUGAAAUGUCCUGCUUCUGUAAAAGAUUUAUGUGGAUUGAGGGUAUAUUUUGGCUGUGACAUUAAAUGGUUUGUUUUGGAGAUGUGCCUUUUUCGGUGAAUCUUUCUUUAACAAUUGGACUCUCAGGUACGUUUACGAUUUCAUGAUUCUUGAGGUUCGAUGGAAAAGCUCGCGAUGGUCGCGAAACUGCAACUUCAUAAGGUCUGCGGUUUUCCUGAAUUAAAACCAGGUUUCGGUAGCGAAGAAAUGUCCCUCGUAAAUCUGAGUGCUACUUCAAAACGAUUCUUCAAGGAAGUUGUGUCAAGGCUUACGUUAAAUGAAAACUCUCUGUAGGCGACGAUUUUCUUCAGAAGUCUGAGAAGAGCUGUUGCUUUAACUUGGUUAAGACAGGGAAUGUCAAUUUGAAACAGUUACGAAAAGUUUCCAUGGGGCUAUUGUAUAUCAAAAACUGCUUACUCACUUCUUUGAAUUACUUCCCAACCCGAAAAACAGUUACAAAUGUUCUCACACGUUCAAUUCAGCCCUAUCCUCGUCGUCAGUCGAAGUACACCUAAGAGAAAAGUACCAGUGACUUUUGCGUUUCAAAGCCGCGUUCUAUGUGACUAAAAAAUGGAACUACAAAAGAACGCAGUUUGACCGCGUUCAUGUAGUUCCCUUUGUCAUUGCAUCAUUCGUACCGGAGAAACCGCGGUUGCACUGAAUUACCAUUGUAUUAAUGGCGUGCUCGAACUGUCUAGGAAGCCAACAGACCAAGUACUGUACAACGACUGAGCCGGAGAGGCCCGAGAAGCAGUCGGGACUCGUGCCACAAUCGCACAAUAGCGAGUGUGUAAAUUUACACGUGUAAGCCAGUCCCUCUUCCCUAUGGAAAUAACAGCGGUCUCAUUAAGUGCGUUGUGAGGUAUUUUCGUUCCGAGGCAGAAAACUUAUCAGAUAAAAGCUGGGGAAAACCGUGUAAACAAAGAUCAUUGCGUCACAAUGCAAAUAUAUAUUGAGCCACUGUGAGGCGAAAAGAGAAAAUUUGGCUUGUGCAGGCGAAGUAAGAUUUGAAUUCCAGCGGCCAAAUUUGACGAAUUUUGCAAACGGAAAUUCAAUAAACGCGGGAUACUAUUUUGUGCGGUUUUUGUAGGCUAUUUAUACAUUAAUUAUUCCACGGAGUUGGAUGCUUACUAGAAUUAUGGAUCUCUCUGUGAUUUUCCAGAGCCUUGGCUUUUGAAACAAGAGCAACCUUGCAUUGCUGCAAGACCAAUAAUUACAAGUUCAUAACCAUGUUUCACCUGCAGAUUUUGUACUUUAUGCUCGAGUUGGCCAUAGGUAUUCUUUUAUUAGAUAAAGGAGAUAGCUGAAUUUAUUUGACAUGUUGUGGUGGUUUAAUCGAUUUCUUUUUGUGUGUGUUGUUAUGCCUUAUUCCAUAUUCAUUAAUUGAGGUUUGUUUUUUCGAGGGA